AUGGCUGUUCAUCGUUCCUUUGUUAUUUUUGCACUUGUUGCUGCCAUUGCUCCAGCAAUCACACUUGCUGAGGAGUUCAUAGUUGGUGGUGAUGAAGGAUGGAAGCUAGGAGUCGACUACCAACAGUGGGCUAAAGACAAGCAAUUCGUAAUCGGAGACACUCUAGUUUUCAAGUACAAGGUCGGAGCUCACAAUGUAUUCAAAGUGAAUGGAACUGACUUUCAGAACUGCAAUGUUCCAACGAACAAUACCUUAGGCUUUUUCUCUGGAAAUGACUCAAUUAUGUUGUCAGCCGCAGGAAAUAAAUGGUACAUUUGUGGAAUAACCGGCCACUGCGACAACGGAAUGAAGUUAAAGAUAACCGUGCUGUCCUCUGUCUCUGCCCCUGCUCCUGCUCCAAGCUCUGCUGCAACUUUAUGUGACAAGGAGGCCAUCUUCCAGGUCCUUUUAGGGAUAACAUUCUCCAUUGUCGCCAUGCUCAUGGUUAAAUACUGA